UGGGAGUUUAUGUUAGAAGGAUCUUUGGGAUUUGCAAGAAUUUGGGAUCAUAAAAAUACCAUGGUUCAUUUUAGUGUAUGAUGUGCCAUAAUAUUACUGUAGUGAUGACAAUACUGUGUUUUUUUAUAUAUAUACCAUGGUACAUGUAACAAAAAAUAACAAAAACAUUGUAGUAACACAGUACCUUUUUUAAAUUUUGUUGUUGUAAGGGAUGGUACUGCCACAAUACUAUAUAUCUAUUUAGUUAUUUAUUUUAAAAACACAUACACUAAUAUAAGGAGUAACACAAGUGUCAAAGAUGAAGAGGGGUUUUCUUUUCAAGUAUCAAAACAAUAAGUUUAAUGCAGGAUUUAAUUUGUACAUAAAAAAGCAUGCAUGCAUUUAGAAGGUUCCUGCUUAAUGCAUUUAACUAAUAGUAUUAUGAAAAAAAGUAAAAAAUGCAAGAUAUAAGUUUGCUAAAUUUGUGAGAUAAAAAGUCAUUAAAAGAGAUACUUGCAUCAUAUGUGCUUUCGAUCACUUUUGCACAGCUAAUUUGAUGCAGACACCAAAAUGAGGUGUCUCGUCUUUGAACCAUACAAUAUUUUUUCUUCAUAAAUAUAAACUAUCAUUUAUUUAUAUAUGAGUUAUUAUAGGCUAGUAUUUUGUGGUUAGUCUAAUAUGUACGCAUAUACAGUAUGCAUGUGUGUGUGUGCGUGUGUGUGUGUGUGUUCAUGCACACACACACAAGGUUAUCUUUCCAGUCACUGUGCAGGGUGUGUUGUGUACAGUAAGUGUCACCAUAGCAGCACGGUGAGUGGGCCUUUGACCCUCGGGAUUGAGGUGGAGCUAUAAUGAUAUCUUUAUGAUUUAUGAGCGCUGUGUAUCAGACGAGCGUUUGUGUAUCAAGCACUCUGUCUGUGGUUUUACUCUGGCUCAAAGCUAUUUCAGUUACUUGUGUGGCUUGUGGGGAACUACUUGCUAGAAAGCUGUGGACUAACAAGCUCCAGUCUUGCUUAUGUUUUAGGCAGAUCAGACUGGCUGUAACCAUCCCAUAAGACCCAUCACCAUGACAACCUCACCACCAAUCAGAUUCCGUGUCCUCUCUCUCAACUGCUGGGGGAUCCGAUACCUCAGUAAGAACUGCAAAGAGCGCUUUGUUCUGAUCGGAGACCUGCUGAGUCAGGAACAGCUUGAUAUAGCGUUACUACAGGAGGUCUGGUGUGAGAAAGACUUUCUGUUUUUAAAGAAGAAGCUUAACAGCGUCUAUCCGUACUCCCAUUAUUUUAAAAGUGGAUUUAUAGGGAGCGGACUGGCCGUGUUUUCCAGACAUCGAAUACAUGAUGCCUUUCUAUACAGAUACUCAUUAAAUGGAUAUCCAUACAUGGCUCAACAUGGAGACUGGUUUGGUGGUAAAGCCGUCGGGAAGGUCUUGCUCAACAUCAGUGGGCUGAGCGUUCAUGUAUUUGUCACUCAUCUGCAUGCAGAAUAUUGCCGAGAGAAAGACUCGUAUCUCCCGCACCGAGUGGUUCAAGCCUGGGAGCUGCAACAGUUCAUAAGGCACACUAGUGCUGGAGCGGACGUAGUGAUUCUGGGUGGAGAUCUGAACAUGCACCCGGACGAUCUCGGCACCAGACUGAUGAGGAACUACACAGGACUUCAGGACAGCUUCAGUGAGACCGCUCACUUUGAUGGAUGUGAGGAGGGACACACUCAUAUAUCUGAAAACCCAUUCACAAACACAGAUGGGCUUGUUCCAUUUGGAGGAGGAGUCCGGAUAGACUACAUCCUGUUCAAGGGAUCAGGGGAAGUGGAUGUGAGCUGUGAGUCUUUGUCCACCACUAAAGGCCCUGUUCCUGGACAUCCCUUCCCUUACUCUGAUCACGAGGCUCUCACGGCCGAGUUCCUGUUUACACAGACCACAAAGGGAAAUGGGUGCUCAAAGAGACAGUCUGGAUGUGUUUCAGAUAAGCUUCCUGAGCUGGUCAACACAGUCAAUGAAGCUCGUACUGAAGUAAAGGUGGGUCUCCACUGCGCUGAGCGCAUGCGCUACACAGCAGCGCGAACAGGCAUUAUGGGUCUUGUCCUGUUAGUGCUUGAGCUAGCAAUCGCCGCCAUCCCAUUGUUUGCUCUGGGAACUGAACAGCCCUUUCCCAAAGCCUCUUUCUACCUGCUGGGGGCGCUGUGCUUUGCCGUCCUCCUCUCCACACUCUUGCUGUAUGUCUUUUACAGCAUCGAGGUGAAGGCACUGCAAGGCACUGAGGACCAGAUGAGACUGGCACUAAGUAGCUUUCAAGAACAGCUUAAGGAGUCCCCCAAGGUUGUAUCCUCAGACCAUUUGCGAAAGCCACUAGACAGCAAGGAUUCCGUUCAUUUGUAGCCAGAUAGUUAAACCAAGUGUGACAUUUGAAUGGAAUUAGAGCUUUUCAUAAUUAUAACCACUGGUGGUGGUUGAGGAGAUUCCCCCUUUCUAUGUAAAGCACUUUGAGUGCCCAGAAAAGCGCUAUAUAAAUGUAAGGAAUGAAAUGUAAGGAAUACCUGGGAUCAAAGAAACCAGAAAAUAAGACAAUAAGUUUGUAAAAUCAUUAUUUGUAUGACAGAUUACUUAUUUAUUUCAUAAUGGUCUUCAACCAGGGUCACAGAAUGACUUAACAUCAUAUAGUAUAGUAAUUAAAAUAAUACAUAAAUGGUAAAUUUACACAUACACAUACUUUCGUUUUUCACUUUCAUUAACAUUGUUAUUAUUAAUUUUACAAAUAACAAUUUAAGUGCAUUAUUUAGUUAUCUAAAAUAAAAUUUUAACGAUACAUAAUCUCAAGAUGUAAAUUGAAAUCAUUUUUUGUUUUUAUCUUCUUUAAAGAGCAUAGUUUAAACAAACACACACACACACAAAUAUGUGCCACUAAAAUAAUAUAGUGUUCUAUAUAACUUAAAAUAUCAAAACUCAUAAAGGUUAAAAGCCACUGCUUUAGAAAAAUGGACCAGAGUAAAUGGCAUGUGAAAGCGUAUAAUCACUUGCUAAUUGUCUUUGCUAACGCUUGUAAACGGAGACCUGCUGGGCAGGCGUUUCUGUCCCUUUUUGUUAAAUGUUUCCAAUCAUGAGUUUGUGAUGUUUUGUGCAUUCAUUGUGAACGGUUAAGCUUAUGUCCAUGAUGAGACUGUUUUGGGAAACCAGAACCAUCUUCAGUUAUUUUCAGUUACUGUUUGAGAAAGUCAAGCGGAGAAGAAUAAAACCAUACAGUGUACUGUAACCACUAUUAAAUAGUUUGGUCAAACCACUCCAUUGCUGUGUAUCUUCCUUUCGUUCAACCUCAUGUCUCUCUAAUGUAAUGUUUAUUACAUAACUGUACCUUUUAUAAAAAGAAUAAACAAUGCAUAUCAAUCUUUCAGCAA